AUGACAAUUACAAAUAAAGCAGUACCAAGUUACAAAUCCAACGGCCGACUAACCGGUCACACUGGAGGUAUUACUGCCCUCUGCUUCCAUUCAAACAAUCAAUUUCUCUCUGCUAGUCAUGACGCAACUAUCAAAGUCUGGCACCACCAUGCAAACACUGCCACUCUCAAAGGCCAUUUAGGAAGUGUGACUGCUAUGUCACUUGAUAGCAAUAACUCUUCCAUCUUAGCCUCUGGAAGUAGUGACCGCACCGCCAAGAUUUGGGAUCUAGCCAAGCACGCCCUAAUUGCAACUCUCCCAACCGCCACCACCGGCAUUCUUUCAGUCGCCAUCCAACAAAACUUCCUGGCCUAUACUACUCGAGAUAAUAUUCUUACUUACUUCGAUCUAAGAUCUGCAUCUCCCAUCUUCACUUAUCAAGCCCCCAACCAUACAGAUCUAGCCAGUGUCCAACUUACUCCUCAAGGUCCUCUUUGCGCCAGCCAUAACACUUUGCUUCUUUUCUCCCCGCCAACUCCCACCCAACCCACUAUCAUUACCACCACUCACUCCAAACCAAUCACCAAAAUACACAUCCCAUCCAUUCCUCCCCCAUUCAAUUCAUCCUCUAACUCCACUUCUCCCAGUACUAAUACCAUCCCAUUCAACCCAUCUCAAUCCAUUCUUACCCUCUCCGCCAACCAAAUAGAACUGACUACUCUAUCCAACUCA